CAUAACAUAAACCCUUGUUCUCAAAAAGGGAAAACAGACAGAAAAUCCUAAAACCUUAAACCCUAAAACUCUUCGUGAAUAAGAAUAAUUCACGUGGGGUAUUUGGGCUUUAAACUAAAAUCGUGGUCCCUUCGUGAAUCUUCCUGAUGUCUCAGAACAGUACAACAUCAACAUGUGAGCUUCUUCCAGAAGACGUCCUGGAAGACAUCCUGGGUCAUCUACCAGUGAAAUCCUUAACCCGCUUCAGACAAGAGGCGAAAGCCGAGAUUUACAGCUUGAGUACAGAUUCGUGGAGAAAGGUUGUAAUAUCGAUGGAGUCCUUAAGAGGGUAUGAACCCAAGUUUUGUACUAUUGCUUAUGUUGAGCCACCCUGUAUAUUUUUGAAUGGAGCUUUGCACACAGUAGCAAUCACUAGUCGCCACCGUUUCAUUCUGUCCUUUGACGUCAAUGAUGAGAGCUUCCGUGAGAUAAUGUUGCCUCCUAAUCACUUGGAUGGAGUGCCUGUAAAUUUCGCCCAGCUUGCAGUGUUCAAGGGAUCCCUGGCUGUUUUCGUUUUUGUUCAUGGUAGUCGGGGUAUCUUAUGCCACAUAUGGGUUAUGGAGGAGUAUGGUGUGGCUGAAUCUUGGACUAGAAAAUAUAUGGUACCAAUGAUUUGGGUUUGGGAAGGUUAUUUCUUUGGCUGCACUGAUAACGGUGAACUUCUAAUUGAGAAUGCUACUGGGCUGGUUUCAAUUGACCCUGAGAGUCCAAAUCAGAACAUUCUUGCAAUUGAAGAUGCUGAUUGGAUGGGUUUUGCAGCUAAUUCAAUGGAGAGCUUGAUUUUACUUGAUGGGGGAAAGUAAAUGUGAAACUUAACUUUAGCUAUUAUAUCGCUUACAGAGCUGAGAGCUUCAGUUUUUCCAUCAUCAUUGUGAAAAUUAACUUUAUCUAUUAUAGUUUUAUAUGUAUUUAAGUCUAUGGAAACUCAAAGCUUUUGAUGCUGAAACUAAGGUUGUAAUUGUUUCCAUCCUUGCGUUCAAGAAAUAUGUCAAUAUGAAUGGGUGAAGUUGGCUGAGUUACAUUUAAGGAUUGAUAGUUCAAAGUGCUCAAUUGAAGUGAAUCUUAUUAGUUUUGUUUUUCUCUUUUCAAUGUGCAUUUCUUAUAAGCAAAUUACAGCUUGAGAAUGCUAUGCUUAGGGUCUUUGGCCCUGUUCUAAUAUUCCUAGGUGAUUUCAACCCUGGAGUUAAAACUAACACUUUUGCUUAUUUUUCGUUGUUUCUUUUCUUUUCCUUAGAUUUUUUAGCAACCAAACAGUGACUCUGAUUAAUUAGGAUUGUGGAGACAAAUUCAAUAAUGAUUAGCUUUUUUUUGUUUCCUUGAUUUCGUUCUGUACUGGCUUUGUUUAGAGUCUCAUUUUGUUUGGUUCUUUUUUCCCUUUUAAGCCUCUGGUAGGUUGCUAGAAAAAUGGAAGGAAAAUGAUUGUUAAGUCAGUGUUAAUAUUAGUUUUUGCCCUACCAUUUUUCAAAUUAACAUCAGUAGUGGCUAGAGAGAAUGCAAUGAUUUCAAAUAGUAAUAGUUCUGCUGUGUUUUUGUACUAUAUAAUGUAUAUAGGAAGGAGGAUUAUUUAGCUGUUUGUGCCUGUGUUUGGUGAAAGUAAUUGUGGGUGGCAAUGCGUAUUUAGGUUUGGGGAAAUUUUCAUUGAGUGCCAUCUACUUAUUUUAUACAGAUUUGGUUAUUAUUGCUAGGAAUAUCCAGAAAUUUUGUGUAUAUUAUAGGUGUUAUCAAUGUUGCUAGUAGCAACAAGAUGCUUUAAGAGUAUUCCAUAGUAGUAUAGUGCUUAGCAAAUCCGAAAUGUGCUCAAACAAUUGUGUACAGUUGUUUGCAACAACGACCGCACAUUGACACAAAUUCCACUCUUUGUUUGACGAGUGCUACAUAGUUGGUUGCUGUAAUGGCUUGUUCUGCAUGGCUGACUAUGGUCUUAGUCACAUUAUAUAUCUGUGGAACCCAAGUAUUAGAAUGUUGGACUUGCUUCUAGCUACUCCCUCUACUGACGAGGACACCAGGUCCGUUAUUGGACUUGCUUAUAAUUCUCAAAAUAAUGAUUUCAAGAUUCUUAGACUUUUGUCUUUUUUUUGGGGACAAGAAGCCGAAGCCGAAGCCGAGAUUUACAGCUUGAGUACAGAUUCGUGGAGAAAUGUUGUAAUAACGAUGGAGUCCUUAAGAGGGUAUGAACCCAACUUUGGAACUAUUGGUCAGUUUGAUCCACCCUGUAUAAUUUUUAAUGGAGCUUUGCACAGUGUAGCAAUCACUAAUCGCCACCGUUUCAUUCUGUCCUUCAACGUCAAUGAUGAGAGCUUCCAUGAGAUAAUGUUGCCUCCUAAUGACUUGGAUGGAGUGCAUGUAUGUUGCACUGAACUUGCAGUGUUCAAGGGAUCCCUGGCUGUUUUCAUUUACACUGAUGAUCAUUGGGGUGUCUUAUGUCACAUAUGGGUUAUGGAGGAGUAUGGUGUGGCCGAGUCUUGGAUUAGAAAAUAUAUGGUACCAACGAUUUUGAAUAGUCAUUUCUAUGGCUGCACUGAUAAUGGUGAACUUCUGAUUAAGACUGCCACUGGGCUGGUUUCAAUUGACCCUGAGAGUCGAAAUCAGAGCAUUCUUGCAAUUGAAGAUGCUGAUUGGGUGGGUUGCACCGCUAAUUCAAUGGAGAGCUUGAUUUUACUCGAUGGCGGUAAGUAAAUGUGAAAAUUCACUAUAGCUAUUCUAUCACUCUCAGUUUUGCCACCAUCAUUGUGAAAAUUAACUUUAGCUAGUAUUGCUUAAUUUGUAUAUAACUUUAACUAGUAAUUUUGGUCCUGAAACUAAGGUUGUAAUUGUUUCCAUCCUUGAGUUUAAGAAAUUUCUCAAUAUGAAUGGGUGAAGUUAGCUAAAUUACGUUUGAGGAAUGAUCAAAUGGGGAUUUCAGAUGGCUAAGCCAUUCUGUUCUAUUGUGCUUUUGCCAUUGACCAUACCAAAACCCUUUAGUCUAAUUGGCCUGCUUAGCAAUAUUUAGUUCCAUGGCUAUUUGUGAUAGAAUAUAGUUGUCACUUGUUCUCAAGUCCAACAACUAGCAGUAGCUGAAAUUUUGCUUCCUUUCCGACGUUUAAAAGUCCAAUAUGCAUGUGUUGGACUUCAGAUAUAAAAGUGGCCUCUCAUUUGAAGUAUCUCUCAUGGCUGGAGAUGUAUCCAAUACGGUCUCCAAAGAGUAUCUGGAGAUUAUAAAAUGUUAUAAAUUUUGGAUACUGUCUGAUAUGUUGUGGAUGCAAUCAAAGACACAGCCUUGAUACAAUCUUGAUUCGAGAGUUGCUUAAAUUGGGGAAAAAAAAAACUAGUUGGUUUCACUUUGAUCGAGUCAAAACCCUUCUCUUGUUUUUCAAUAGACUCUCUCUCUCUCUCUCUUAGACACACACACAUACACUUCGAUCUUAUACCACUCAUCAAUUGAUCAUGAUUUCCUGGUCAUGGGGGUUGAUGAAUAUUGUUUUUAGGAGUUGCCAUUUCUCUGUAUGCUUACUGUAUCUUGUGUUGGUAUUGAUGCUACCUUAGAUUAAUCUGAAUCCUGGUGCUGAUUGUCAUUAAGUUUUGUAUGGGUGAAUGCUGCCUUAAAAUUCUACUCCUGCACCCUAAAUUACCUAUUAACAAUAGGAAAAAAAAGGGGGAAAGAAUUGACUGAAGUUAGGGAAUUGAACAUGGUGAUUCAAGGUUCUUAUCCCUGAUUAAGGAGUUGUAUUGAUGCAGAAUAUUGCUGUAGUGUUAUGUUAAGAAGCUUAAUACUUAAGAUUUAUAUUAAUUAAAAAGAGGUAGUGGAGAUCUCAGGGUUUAUUUUUGAUGAUAUUAAGUUAGUUUUAGACCCAAGGGGGAGGGGAAAGAAUGUCAAAAUUUUGAUUGGAAGGUUGUUUUUUUUUAAAAAAAAAACAUAUCUUUGCUUCAUCACUUUGAGACAUUGAAGGAUAAAAACUUAAAGUGCCCUAGGCCCCAAGCUUUUAAGUGCUCGAAUGUCCAGGUGUAGGGCUCAAGCAUCUUAAGCCAUAAGCUAUAUUUCAUAGAAUAGAUUAAAACAUAAAAAUAAGGUUAGGUUAACAUCAUGUCUCACAUUUGGAUUCUUUACUCUUCUAUGAGGUUUAUGCAUAAGGCUUGCCAUUUGCGGGAUUAAUUAAAAAAAGAGUUGUUAUUUAGAAAGAGUAUUUGAAGCUAAUAGCUCCUACUUUUCAUAACUUGUUCCAAUUAUUCUCAAAGAUUGUAUUAAUGUUAGGAUUAAUGGUUAGAGUUCCUGCUCACAUGCUAUUUUUACUUUUGUUGAAUCCUGAUGCAAGUUAAAUGCUAUCCAUGUUUGAGAAUUAUAGAUGAUUGGGUCAUUAAUUGCUAUUUGCUAUUUUUUGGCGUAUGAGUCAGAUUUUUUUAUUUUUUUAUUUUUUCUGUUAGAGGGCUUAAAAUGUAGAUUUAUAAAAUAUGAAAACAUGGGGCUUUUCUAGCCUAGUAAGCAGGCAUUUUGUGAAGUUAUUUAGUUCAGCAUUUGAUAAUGAACUUGUUACUUAGAAUGUCAGAAUGUAUAACAAAAUUCUUCCAAACACUGUUUGGUGCUAUUGAGCUGGGAAUGUGCUUUGUGCCACGCAGCUUCAGAGAGUGAAACUAAGGAAAAGCCUUCGGUCAUCAAUUUUUGGUACAUGGAUACUCUUUCCUGUCUGACUUGAAAAACUUGGUUGGCCUACUUUCAAACACCUUUUUUCUUUUUGGUUACUUGUUUGUUAAAAUGGAAUCAGAGCCUAGUUAGAUGUCUUUGGUUCAAAUUAUGUGAAAUCUCUAGUAGGGGUGUCUUUUGGUCUAUCUGUGGAAGACUUAUAAUUUGGCCUCGGUUGUUAGGCAGGCCAGCCUGGAAGGGGGUGUGUUACAUCACCCUAAUUAGCAUAUAUUUUGUACCCACUAUCUUACUUAUGUGUAUUUUGGAUUGGAUGCUUUAACAAACCAAACAAACUGUAAAUACCUCUGUUUCUUUGUUGUUUCUAU